AUGUCUACCAAAACAAUCGCAGUCGUCGGUGCUACAGGCACACAAGGUGGCUCCGUUGCUAGAGCUUUCCUUGGACUUCCAGGCUGGCAUGUUCGAGCACUUACCCGUCGCUCAACCUCCCCCAAAGCCCUAGCUCUCCAAAAGCUGGGAGCCGAGAUCGUGGAAGCCGAUAUGGAAAACGCAGAGUCCCUGGUGAAGGCCUUCGAGGGUGUUCACGCCAUUUUCGUCAACACUGAUUUCUGGGCUCCUUACACAAGCGCUUUAGCUGAUGGAAAAGAUCAAGCUACUAGUCAGCAGAUUGGCUACGACACUGAGGAACUACACGUCAAGAAUGCCGCUUAUGCUGCUUCCAAGACGCCUACCCUGGAGAAGUACAUCUACUCUGCUCUCGGUCCCAUGAAGGAGGUUUCCAAGGGCAAGUACUCGCACUGCCAUCACUGGGAAACCAAGGCCGCAGCUGUCAAGUACAUUGAGAACGAGGUACCGGAGCUCGCCAAGAAGACUUCCGUCAUUUACGUAGGCGCAUACGCUACCAACCCGUUCCUGUACCCUAAGAAGGACACAGAGACUGGCGAAUAUGUUCUCGCAGUCCCUGCAUCCAAGGAUCUCAAGAUGCCCAUAAUCGACACCGAGGGUUCAACUGGAUCUUUCGUUCGAGCCUUGAUCGAAGACGAGCCAGCCGAAACAAAACUGCUAGCUUAUAACAGCGAACUCACAAUGCCCGAAGUCAUCGACAUCUGGAGUAAAGUCACCGGCAAGGAAGCUCAUUUCCAGUCAAUGACAGAAGAGGAGAUGCAUCAGAAGACGAGGCUACCUUAUGAGGUUCUUGAUGGACCGGCGUAUCUGGAUGAGUAUGGAUAUACUGAGGGGGUUGAGGGUGUGAUUACGCCCAAGCAGUUGAAGAAACCUGUUGAAACGGUUGACUUUGAGGAGUAUUUGAGGAAACAGGAUGCUGAGACGCUGUUGUCGUAUACGUACGCGCUGCCCGAGCCUCCACGCAAAUAG